AUGAACGACAGAAAAGAGCCGCAAAUUUUUACGCUACGUUUUCGAUAAAAUUUAACGUGUCCUUUCGAUUCAUUGACCUUUCGACGUGGCAACUUUGAAAUCGAGAAUCAUCGAAAUCUUCGAGUCCCGCCGUCACUUCUGAUUUCCAUCCGAAGAAGGUAUUCCUCCCACACAAACGCAAAAAUCUGCUUUCAUUUCAGAAUGCUCGGUAUGCCAACUGUGAGCCAGAACCCGGCGGCCGAACAAUUCGCCUACGAGUUCGCCAAAAGCGCGUACGAUGAGAAAAUGCGUGGACGUGACGGCCAACUGAUGACGUCAACCGAGCUGAACUCGUUCGGAAAGCGGGUGCUCGCCGAGCUGCUGCACGGCCGCUCAGGCGACAGUGUCAAGACGGACGCGACGAGCCACGUCUACUCUUUUGUCGCCGGAUUCGAGAAAGCGAGAAUGGAGCACUUCCAAUCUAUCGGUAAUUCCGAGGAGUCGCACUCGGACUGA